CCUCACUUUUGAUCUACUGGAGCUCUCCCACCACGGCCCAAGUCUCUUUGGAAGCAGUUCCGCCCCAUGUUGCUGAAGGGGCAAAUGUUCUUAUACUUGUCCACAAUAUGCCAGAGACACCCCGCAGCUUUUUCUGGUACAAGGGACAAAAUGUAGAUAACAGUAAGGAAAUUGCACGUUUUAUAACGUCAGCUAAUGCAAAUACACCAGGGCCUGCAUACAGUGGCAGAGAGACGAUAUACCCCGAUGGAUCCCUGCUCUUCCAGAAUGUCACUCAGAAAGACACCGGAACCUACAUGUUGCAAAUGCUAAUGCAAAACUAUGAUUUUAUGAAAUUAUGCGUGCAGUUCCAUGUCCACCAGCCAGUGACUAAACCCUCCAUCCAAGUCACCAACACCACAGUCAAAAAUCGGGUCGCUGUGUUCCUGACCUGCUCCUCAAAGGACACUGGGAUCUCUAUCCAUUGGCUCUUCAAUGAACAGAGGCUGACGCUUAAACAUAGAAUGAAGCUGUCCCUGGACCACAGCACCCUUACCAUAGACCCUGUCAAGAGUAAAGAUUCUGGGAAGUAUCAGUGUGAGGUCUCAAAUCCAGUCAGUUCCAAGAGGAGUGACCCCAUCCAGCUGGACAUAAUAGGUGAUCCUGGCCUUUCGGAGGAUGCCACUGCCGGCAUCAUUGUUGGAUCUGUGGCUGGGGUGACUCUGAUAGCAGCCCUGGCAUGUUUCCAUUGUUUCAAGAAGAAAUAG